AAUGAACCUGGAACUGCGAGAAAUCCGAUUGAAAUGCUGCCUCUGUGAGCUAGAAUUGCUACCCAUUUUCAGCAGGUGGAAGACAUGACAGCGGCAUCAGCUUCGCGAACAGCAUCCACACCGUUGGCUGACGACAAUGCUAUUGGAGGGACCACAAGCGGAGGAACGAACCUGGAAGCUGCUUUUGAUAGUGCAACCGGACCCUCAUUACCAACCGUGCAUUGUCUCAUAGCAGCGACAUCCUCAACGUUGCAAGCCGAAACACCGACCGCAGGGGAAAGUUUGCAAACACCAGCAAUGAGCCCAGAGCAGCCAAAUUCUACCAGUCUCUUCCCAGAAAUUGCCCUCGACCGGUUUCGCCGGCAGGAAGAUGCACUGCACUCAGAGCUUUUCAAAAAGAAACGAGCUCUCUUUGAUAUUCAGCACGAUGUUGAUGGAUUGCGCGCUGAAAUAGAGGUUAACAGGAGGCACGAACAAGAGUGGAAUACUGCUGUGCAACAGUUGAUCACCGAAAAUAUUCAGCUUGUCCAAGCGUUAGCUCUCCUCAACAUCUCUACUCCAGUUUUGAACGACCGCCUUAUAUCGAUCGCAGAGAGACAUAGCAAAGACGUUGGAACAUUAACUGCUAAAAAUCUGGCAGCGGCCCUGGCUCAGGCCCAGGAACAGAAACAGCAACAGCAGCAAUCUAAAUCCAGGCAUAGAACAGCAAGUAGAAUCCCGAGCACGAUGGGCAUGAACAAUGACGGUCAUCAACGUACCGGAAGUCGAAGCGCGAGUCGCAUGGGAAGUGUAAUGGGAUCAAUGGACUUGUCAGCUCCAUGCUCCAAGAAGGGAUCGGAAGAAGUUCUCAGCCAACAUCCUCGCCCUGCGAGAAAAUAAACGUUACCCAUAUGUAAAUAAUGAACACUUCUAUCAAUCAUGUUUCUAGGCUUUAAUAUUAACCAGU